GCCUAAAAGAGGUAGCUUUUCGAUGAAGAUGCUCGACAUAACAGUUUAUUAUUGUAGAAAUCUAGGCAUUGACAGAGAUGCCUAGGUAGAGCCAUAGCAGAUGAAGCUUCAAAAGUCAUAUUUGUCGUAGAGGGUUUGGUAUGGGGAGGGCUUUUGAUAGUGGUUGAUGAUGGUACGCAAGCAACAGCAGAGGAAGACAGUGACAACAAUGCUAGGCAGGAUAGGAUUCUAGCUCUGAAGCAAAAUUUACAAGGGAAUCCUUGUGUACUAAGCGCUGAAUAUUUGGAGAGCAUCGGUGCAGCCCUCGUCAUGCGACUUAGACAACACGAAGAAACUGUAUCCAGAGACGGGGACUGGGCUGGUUGGAAUGAGACAGAAGGACUUGAUAGAAUGGUAUGUGAGUCAACUGAAAGAGAAAAAUAACAACACUUCCACAGAUGAGGCAGCAGCUGAAGUUUCAAAAGUCCAAGGUGUCAUAGAGUGUUUGGUAAUGGAAGGGCAUUUGAUAGUGGUGGUUGAUGGUAUGCAAGCGGCAUCAGAGGCUGACGGUGACAUCAAUGUUAGGCAGUCUACUUUGUCUAGAAACGACAGGAUUCUAGCUGUGGCGCCAAAUAAACAAGGAAAGACGCUUGUACACAAGUAUCCAACCUCUGAUCAUGCAGAAAGUGGAGCAGAGCCACCCUCUGAUAAUGCAGAAUGUAGAGCAGAGCUUGCAAAUCGACAAGGAAAGAAGCUUGGAAUAAGCGAUGAAUAUUUACAGAGGGUCACUGAAGCCCUCUUCAUGCGACUUAGAGAAGGGACUGGGCUGGCUGGAAUGAGAGAGCGUGACUUGAUAGAAUGGUAUGUGAUUGAACUUAAUAAGAAAAUUGAAAACCCUUCGAUAGUGGAGGCAUCAGCUGAAGCUUCAACAGUCAUAUCUAUCAUAGAGACUUUGGUAAGGGGAGGGCUUUUGAUUGUGGUGGAUGAUGGUAUGCAAGCAGCAACAGCAAAGGAAAACGGUGACAACAACACUAGGCAAGGUAGGAUUCUAGCUCUGAAGCCAAAUUUACAAGGAAAUCCUUGUGUACUAAGCGCUGAAUAUUUUGAGAGCAUCGGUGCAGCCCUCGUCAUGUGACUUAGACAGCACGAAGAAACUGUAUCCAGAGACGGGACUGGGCUGACUGGAAUGAGACAGAGGGAUUUGAUAGAAUGGUAUGUGAGUCAACUGAAUGAGAAAAAUAACAACACUUCCACAGAGGCGGCAGCAGCUGAAGUUUCAAAAGUCAAAGGUGUCAUAGAGACUGCAGAGGUGAGUUGUGGUCAUCUGUUAUACAAUUUUCAAGCAUUUAGUGGUGCAAUUGUGAACCAACAUCGGAUGAUGAAAAUCAAAUAACAAUUCAAGUGCAGAUGCCAGAUGGUAGCCGUAAUGAUCGUCGAUUUCUAAAGUCAGACAAGUUACAGGUGAGACCAUACACUCAGCGUGCUUUUAGUGCCGGAGAGACCGCCCUUACUCUGAAUGAACUGGGCUUUACCAGCAAGGAAGAAGUCAUAUUUCUGGAGUUGAUUUAGCAUGAUCCUCCUGUAAAGCUGUAACGACU